GUUGCAAGGGUUUCAUUUAGUAAUUGGCGAUUCCAUGUUUGAGUUUUCCGCGUUUACCAACAGCUACCUUCAAAGUACGCGUAGGCUUUUCUGAAUUCUUGAACAGAUAACAACGCACCCAGGGAGUGAAUCUGCACUGUCACACAAGAGAGGAGAGGAGGAGAGUGAUCGUGAUCCUCACGGAGUGAUUCAUCGCAAUCCAUUCAAAAUGGUGUGCAUUUCAUGUAUCCUGAUUCCUUUGGCGCUAUUCUUGUGGCACCGAUACCUCCAGCCUGUUUUGGGGACUAUAUUUCCACAAUGGUUUCCGGCCAAGACCAUCGAAAAAGACCCUCACGAAGCAUUGGCUGGCAAUGGCACUAAUACAGCUGGACUCUCGUGUCCCUUCUCUUCGUCCAAAUCGCCAGCCGUGGAAUCCACACCCGUGGAGACCAAAGCGGAAAUCAGCUCCCAUGAGAAAUCCGAGUGAAAAGUAUAUCCCCAAUUCGCAUUUCAUUUUCUUCAAUAUCGAUUAGUUAGGUGAAAGAAAACAUUAUUGUACUCAUCACAUCUUGCCCAGUGGCUUCAUCAGAACAAUGAUGUAAUACUAUGAUGACGUAACCACGUA